AUGGGUUUCUUUUCUUCAAAUAAUUCACAAGAUGAUAAAAAAACCGAUGAGAACACAGAGCUAAAAAAUUAUUCAAAAGGUCAAAGAAUUCUUUUACAAGAUACAGAACCCAAGUUUCAAGAUAACGCCCCAUCUAUUAAUGAAUCUGCAAGGGAUACUUUUAAUAAAGCUCUUAAAACAGUCUCUUGGGACGAUUUCACACUAGAAAAGUUAACAGCAACGCCAUGUUUUAGAGAUGCUGGAAUGGUAGGUUUCUCUAGUAUGUUUGUCCUAGGUGGUAUCACCUUAUUAUAUCAUAAGAAUCCAAUGAAAGCUACCAAUUGGUCAAUAUGUGGGUUAUUACUAGGUUCUAUUGUUGGUUGGGAACAAUGUAGGAUAACUAGAACUAACAGUUUUAAAAACGCACAAAUAGCUAAAGAAAUUGUUAAAAAUAAACCGAAGGCAAUGAUAAAUCCAAAAGAACAUGACGAGAGACUUGUAAAUCAAUGGAAUCAUGAAGAUUUAACAAAUUCAACUCCUUGGUACAAAUUCUGGUAA